AUGGUCUCAACUCGCAACCAACGCAAAGCUUCUGGAGAAGAACUUUUAGGUCCUUUGCUCGUACACCGAAAGCCAAGGUCCAAGAGAGACAAUAUGACUGGAGAAAACAAACAGGAUACAUCUAGUGAUGGCGAUAUCAUCACUAAACUUGAGCAACAAGUUGAAAACUUGUCUGCAUCAAUCCUUAAACUCGUGGAGAGUUUGAAGACUGGAAAAUCUUCACGUCCAUCAACUUCAUCUGAGCCUGAUCAAAAGCUCAAGAAAAAGGUUGUUGAGGAUAGCGAAGAUGAAGACGACAUACAAGCUGAUCCAACGAAAAAGGAAGCUGAAUCAGGUGACAAUAAAAAUUCUAUUGAUACCUUAAAGAUUGAUUUUAAGGUUGACAUCCCUAUUUAUAAAGGAGAUAUUGAUCCUGAAAAGCUAGAUAACUGGAUAGACACAUUAGAAACUUAUUUCACAGUUUAUAAGUAUUCUAAUGUGCAAAAAAUAAAAUAUGCGAGUUUGAAACUUUCAAGCCAUGCCCUUACAUGGUGGAAGUCCUAUCAGAGACGGUAUGAUGUCUCAGAAUUGACUUGGAAGAACUUCAAGAAGCUUUUGAGAAAACAAUUUUAUCCAGUUGGCUAUGAAGAUGAAAGAUGGUAUAAGUGGCAACACUUCAGACAAAGAUUUGGGCAGCCUGUACAAGAGUAUACAACAGAGUUCCACAACCAAGCUAUGGUUCUGGACAUUGACGUUGACGACUACGACGUUUUCAUGAAGUAUACCGGAGAUACUAUUGAAGAUGCUACUGUGAAGGCCAUAGCCAUUGAGGCAAAAAAUAAAAGAACUGACAAGAAGGAUGACAGAUCAAAACCUGUCAACAAAACUGACUGGCAGAAAAAGGGGAAGCAGAGCAAGGAAGGUCAGACACAGAAUGUCUACUGUGAUCACUGUCAAACCAGCAGACAUGCCAAAGACAAGUGCUGGAUACUCCAUCCAGAGUUACGGCCAAAGCGCGAGAAAAACAACCAGGGGAGAAAUGACAGAAAAGCCACAUUAACUGCACAACGGGCAGAAGAGCUUCCAGAGUUGAAGCAACCUGAUGUUACACUUACCCUUAUGACAAGACCAGCAGAUACUGAAGACACGUACAACCGUGAAGAGCUGUUUCAUGUGAAUAUCCAGAGGCUUUAG